AUGUCUCUUCAACCUUUUUUCGAUUUAUAUCCAUUUCAAGACGGUCUUUCUGACUUUUUGAGUUAUUCCCCUCGCGUCCAACGCCAGGAUCGUGCUGUUGAUUUGUCACCUGCCAUUGAUGUCCAUGAAGGCAAAGACACGGUUGCUGUUGAUGUAGAACUUCCUGGUGUCAAAAAGGAAGACGUUCAAGUUCAUUACGACGAAGGAAAACUUACCGUUUCUGGAGAAUCAUUCAACGAAAGAAAAAGUGAGGGAGAGAAAGGAAACCACAGAUGGUCUGAACGUCGCUUUGGAUCCUUCUCUCGAACUAUCUCCAUCCCCAGCAGGAUCGAUUCCGACCGUAUUGAAGCCCAAUUUUCCAAUGGCAUUUUGAGUAUUGUUUUGCCAAAGAUUGAGCAGUCCCGAUCCAAGAAACAAAUCGCCAUCAAUUAA